AUGGCUCCGAAACAUGGCCAGUGGCCACACCUUCGGUCAGGGGAGCUGACCCUCCUUGAUUAUGCCGCGGAUGACACCCGCGAUGUGAUAACGCUCUCGGAAAAAGAAAAGCUCGUCCUGCAGCUCGCCGAACGGGUCCAGGAACAACAACUAGAAAAGGCGUUAUUGGAACAAGAAUUGGAGCCGUUUUCCGGUGACAAUGUGGAAGAGGAGCUUGCGAUCGCGGAACGCAAGCUCCUGGAGGCGCGAGCUACCUAUACCGUCAGAAGGAAAGCAGCGCUUCGUACCCCUAGUUCAUAUGCGCCGCGUCUCAUGAACUCUCACAGGGCGCUACUUCGCCUGGUCAACCGUCGCGACGAGCUAGCCCUCGCACAUGAGAACCUGGCCACCGUCCACAAUGCAGUGUUCAAACAGCUCUCCAACUUGAAGGUCGAGAAUUUACAGAUCAACCGGGAGAAUCAGGAGUUAGUGGGCCAGCUUCUUGAGCUCACAAAACAAGAUUCUUCCUGGCGCGAUAGGCUUCAGGAUGCGAAGCUCGCAUCGCAGCUAGACGAGCUCGAAGCUGAGCUCAAAACCAGCAAGGCGAAAUGGGAUACGAUGAAGAACAUCGCUAGUGCUAUGGUAGUCGGCAGCGGGCUUAACUGGGCCGAAAAUGAUGAGCUACAAGAUCUUGUUCUGGAUGAGAGCGAUGAUUAA